AUGGCGGCCGCUGGCAACAACAGAUCAGGCUGCUGGGACAUCCCAGAUGUUUAUAAACACCACGAACAGCAGAAGAUAUGCAUCUCUCGACCUAAAUAUAGAGAUGGAAGAAAAUCUAAAGCUGUUAAGGUGUACACCAUCAAUUUGGAGUCUCGUUAUCUGAUGGUCCAAGGGGUCCCAGCCAUUGGAGUGAUGGCGGAGCUGAUCCAGCUGUGUGCCCUGUACGGAGCCGUGGAGGAGUACAGGCCCCUGGACGAGUACCCCGCGGAGGAAUUCACCGAGGUCUACCUUGUCAAAUUCCAGCGACUCAUCAGCGCCAGACAUGCUAAAAGACACAUGGAUGAGAAGAGUUUUUACGGUGGCGUGCUGCACGUGUGCUACGUCCCAGAAUAUGAGACUGUGGAAGACACCAGGCUAAAGCUUCAAGACAGGAGGAGAUAUGUUAUCAGGGCUGUUCAGAGUAAAGCAAGAGAACAGAAACAAAAGGAGGCUGUGAACAAGGAGACCACGUCAUCAAACACAGCCACCACAUCAGAGACGGUCAUCACCAGACAUGAUAAAACCUCUAGCAAUCAUAAUACAGAGAAGACUUCACACAUCAGCCACUAUUCAGACUUUCCUCUACUGCCAUUACCUCCCCAGGAAUAUAAUUACUACCGGCAUAAAAAUCAACAUGGGACUCUACCAACAGAGGACAAAAUGGGGACAUUACAUAAUGCCGUCAUUGACACAAAACGGCAGCAAGCGCAAAGUUCAAGCUCCAGCCAAACCUCUUCGGACAGAGACACAGAACACAGACUGACCUCACCUCAGUCUUCUGCAGCAGUCAGAUUUGUCCCAAGAACCACACACUUGGAAAACAGGAAACGCAAGAUGGAAGAGGCUGCGGAGCCCUCACUGACUGAUGUUACUAGAAACAAUGAGCCACUUAUUGGGCCAAAGCUACCAGAACCUCCCAAACUCGACAUGGAGGAUGUGUCACUAAACACAACUGUAAGCCUGAUCAGGAACACAUUGAAACAGGUUGAAUCGGUUCCUGGCCUCAAACCGGUAGAGAAAAAGAUGAAACCACGUCGUCGGAUUUGAUCUAAUGAGCCUCCCUAAUGCCGGAAUUUCUGCAGAGAUUAAUGCUACUUCUUUGGAAAAUAACCAUUUAAACUGUUUCCCUUGGCAGAUGGCUUUUAUUUACAAAUUUUGCACCAUGAUGCAAACAGCUAUUAACAUUUUU